CUGGUGCAGCUGCUCAUGAACGGAUCACGUGAUCACUAUCCAUUCGCGAUUCAGAAGCCGCUGUAGCUCACAGGUGCGCGGCACGAAAACCAGAGAGAGACGACUGGCACAAAACUGAUUUUCAAGCGUUUUUUUUUUAAAGAAGAAAAAAUAAGAAAAGAUGCUUUGAUUGUGGCUUUUCUUCUGUGCCAAACUCCAUCGGACUACACAAGGACUUUGCAACCUUCUCCAGUUUGCUUCAGGAGGAGGUGAACUGUUUUCACAACUUGGUGGAAAAAACGCGACGGUUAAGGGAAACGCCCGGAGCAGCACACGGUGCAUCAUAUUCCAUAUAUUCCACUGUGUUACAGGUAAAGGACUUAAUGGCCAUCAUUGAGAAUGCUAUACAGAGUGUGCUACCACAGCUACAGAGGGAGAAGGUGGAAGCAGUGGUUCACGAGUUGGAAACCACCUUGGGUGUGGAAGGGCCAGAUGACCUUCAGUUUGUUAAAGAGGCAGACAUCAGCCAUCUGCUGUCGCCCGUUCAGUGCAGAAGAUUGAUUAAUUCGUUCAGAAGUGAGCCAAGAAGUCCCCAGUCGGCCACUUCUUCACUUCUUUCUUCCCCAAGUACCAUGUCUACUUCCUCUAGGUCACUCUCAGAUGAGCCUUCCACCAGUCAAUUAGCCACUACACGUGGACAGAGCAAUUGGGUGGACAGAUUUCAGGUGCAGUGGGACAAAAUGAGGCCCUCUCUGAAAAGAGCUAUUGAUGCUGGUAAUCGUCCAGAGCCAGGGGAUCGCCGACACAUGGUGAAAGUCAUUGUCGAUUCCAUGAGAGAACACUGCUUAAACCCGACACGCAAAGACUGCACAACAGUAGCAAAAGCUAUAACUCAGAUGUAUCCUGGCAGCUUUUUAGAUAACACUGAGGAGGGGGAAACAAUUGGAUGUGGAUACUUCACUUUACUGCAGCAGCUGAAGACCAGAGUUGAAUAUGUCAAUAGAGACAACACUCUAUCCCGCCUGAGGAGACCAAGAAGGUCACAGACCAGUGAUGAUGACCAGCCACCACCACCUGCCAAAUGUGCUAGAAUCGACAGUUAUGGUUGUAUUAAUUGGCAGCCACAGGAGUACCCAGACGGGGAAACCCCUAAUUCACUUGAAGAAAAGAGGAAAGAAAUGGUAGAUAUAUUUACUCAAGAGGGGCUAAGGGCAGCUGAGAGAGGAAGGGUAAAGGACCUUAUGACAGUCACAUAUCUAAAACAACGAGAGGACAUCAAUGCAGACCCAUCCCCCAGCAUUCUUGACAUAAGUCAACAGUGGCCGUUUCUCCUGUCUUGGAAGUUCUUACUUUCCCACUUCACCACCCUCACUGGUGUUGACCUGCACACCAGACUGAAAGAUGACAUGGAUAAAAAAGGGAAGAGGCUCCUGGAAUAUUUCAGAUCUCAGAUGAUGAGUUGGACCAAGGAAGUUAAAGUUCUUCUGAAAGAUGCUUUGAAGGAAGACCGUGAGGGCACAGAUGGUCUUGCAGCACUCCUGGUGAUGAUGACACAUUUCAAAGAAGCAGAGGAUGCCCUUCUCAUCCUUGCUGAUGUGACAACAACUCCUGCCGACGCAGAGGAACACUUGGUCCUUCCCAGCACCCCAAGGCUCAUUGCACUAGGAGACACUGUCUGGUCUGCCAACAAGUGGAUGCUGUCCAUAGAGGGCCAUGUUGUAAUCCCACAUUCUCCUCCUAUGCCAGAUUUCACAACUGCCUUGGCUGUCUACUUUGCCAGUUUCUAUGUAUUCAACAUUGAAUAUCAGGUGGAAGCAGUCACAACGCUGGAAUUUGUCCAGAGGUUCCUUGCCAGGAUCAACCCAGAUUCGACAAAGUGUACAGCCAAGGUCCAGACCAGCAAGAAAUCUGGCAAAACCGUGAAGCGAAAGACAUCGGAUAUAAAUCCACGCGUUGUCUCCUUUAUGAAUGCCUUCUGUGCAUUUGAUUGGCAAACUGGCUAGAUUAAGGAUGUUGCUGUGGAACCGCGCUAUGGAACGGUUGGACUGAGUGGCAAGGAGGCAAGGAGUCUGUACUUGUAGUACAAAGCAUGUUCUAUGCAAUUGUGUUUUAUGGAAAUGUUAUUGCCAAUAUUUUGGCAAGUUACUGUUUUUACUCUUUUUUUAUGGAUACUAUGGUUAGUAAUAUUGUUAUAUCUUCUGGAAACGUCAUGCGAUUAUGUUCUGUUGAUGCUAUCUGUGUAUAUGUGUCCAUUGAUUUAUUGAUUCUUAAUAUACUUGGAGUACACACAUUUUCACAGCACGUCCUAUACAAAAACAAAAUUUGGUUGACAAGUUAUUGGCACUCUUUUUAUGGAUGUUUUGGCUAAUAAUAAUGUACUGUGGUUUACAUGUUCUAAAAGCUUGAUGGUGAUUAUAUUUUGAGCCAAUGUUAUGUAUGGAUAUUAAUAUCCAUUAUUUUGUGAUUAAACACAAGAAAUAAACAGCUAGGAAAAUUUAUUUUUUGUUGUCCCAAUUUAAUCAUUAAGUUACAUCAUAGAAAGAUUCAUGGAAGAGUUAAGAUAUUUAACAUUGUAACUUCCCAAGUUUGCAAGUUUGCAAAUUUUAGUAUAUGUUUAGUUAAAAUACUAUUUCUGUUGCCUGAACUGCAUUUUUAAGUUAUGGUUAUUUACACUUAAAACAGCUGAUGUAUUUACGUAUGCAGCAAUUGAAAAAUCAUUUUAUUUAAAAGUGAAAUUGUACAGUAAUGCGAAAUACAUUUUGUAUCAUUUUUUGUUUAAAGCCAAUAACAACUGAUAUAUAAAAGUGCAGAAAAUAUUCAGUACUUUUGAUUCACAACAUUCCUACUGUAAAAAAGACUAUAUUGUUUUGAUUUACAGUUACAAUAACAGUAUUGGUACAUAUAAGGUACUGUGCAUAGUUACUGUAUUUAGUUUAGCAGUUAAGGCAAUAUUACUGUAAUAGAAAAUCCAGUACCUAAAAUUUACUGUUAUAUUUUACAGUACUACUAUUUUAAAUACAAUAAUAAAAUACAGUACAUUUUAAUUACGGUUUGAUUUUACAGCUACAAAACCUAUUUUACAGUAACUAACUUCUGAAUUGCUGCCAGUUAAUUACUGUAAAAAAAUUUUUUACAGUAUCUUACUUGUCAAUUGCUGCAAGUUAAUUACUGUAAAAAAUUCACAGUAUCUUACCAGUUGAUUACUGUAAAAAAUUUCACAGUAACUUACUUAUCAAUUACUGCCAGUUAAUUACUGUAAAUUUUUUUACAGUAACUUACUUGUCAAUUGCUGCCAGUUAAUUACUGUAAAAAGAAUUUACAGUAACUUACUUGUCAAUUGCUGCCAGUUAUUUACUGUAAAAUCUUUUUACAGUAACUUACUUGUCAAUUGCUGCCAGUUAUUUACUGUAAAUAUUUUUACAGUAACUUACUUGUCAAUUGCUGCCAGUUAAUUACUGUGAAUUUCACAGUUGGUUCGUUACAGUGUACAGCUUCUG